AUGAGCCUCGCGAAGAAGGAUGAGGAGACAGGGCUUGGGUCUUACUAUAACAACAAAACAACGAUCAUACAGGAAGCACGAGUGUUCAAUGAAUCUCCUAUCAGUCCACGGAAAUGCCGAGCGCUGCUGACGCGGAUCGUUUAUUUGCUUUAUUUGGGCGAGACGUUUAGCUCUCAGGAGGCUACGACACUUUUCUUCGGGACGACAAAGUUGUUUCAGAAUAAGGAUAGUGCCCUGAGACAAGCGGUGUAUCUGGCAAUAAAGGAGCUGGCACUUUCUGCUGACGAUGUGAUCAUGGUGACGAGCAGCAUUAUGAAGGAUAUGCAACCUAACUUAGAGGUCAUUUAUCGUCCCAAUGCCAUCCGUGCACUAUGUCGGAUAAUAGACGGCUCAAUGGCUCAAGGGAUCGAACGCUUUUAUAAGACCGCUAUUGUGGAUCGUAAUCCUUCCAUAUCCUCCGCUGCACUCGUUUCUUCCUACCAUCUUUUUCCAUCAUCAAGAGAAGUUAUCAAACGCUGGGUGAACGAAGCACAAGAUGCUGUCAAUGCAAAAUCAACAACAUCUUUCUUUGGGACCAGUGCAGCUGGGGGAUAUCUUAACUUCUCAACGGGUUCGCAGUCCUCGUCGCCCGGCGGGUACCAGGCUGUACCAUCCACGAGCUAUAUUACCCAGUACCAUGCCCUUGGUUUGUUGUACCUGAUGAGACAGCAGGAUCGGAUGGCGGUGAUAAAAAUGAUACAACAGCUUGGAGGAGGGAAGUCUGGCGCUGGGACGACGUUGAAGAAUCCGAUGGCAUUGUGUAUGCUGAUUCGAUACGCCGCGAAGGUUUUGGAUGAGGACCCCAAUGUUCAGAGGCAGAUGCUUGAACUCUUGGAAGGAUGGCUGCGUCAUAAGAGCGAUAUGGUUAACUAUGAAGCUGCUCGGGCUAUCUGUGAGAUUCGUAACGUCUCGUCUGCUCAGCUCGUCAGACCUAUUGCGGUCUUGCAACUUUUCUUGUCGUCUGCCAAGCCUACGCUCAAGUUUGCGGCCAUUCGGACAUUGAGUACGCUUGCACUUACACACCCUGGGCCAGUCUCUACUUGUAAUGUAGACAUAGAGAAUCUCAUCGCGGAUUCCAACCGUAGCAUCGCUACAUAUGCUAUCACUACACUCCUUAAGACUGGUAAUGAAGCUUCCGUCGAUCGCUUAAUGAAACAAAUCUCUGGCUUCAUGAACGAAAUUAGUGAUGAAUUCAAAGUCAUUGUUGUGGAUGCUAUUCGCUCCCUGUGCCUCAAAUUCCCAGGAAAACAAGCAACUAUGCUCAACUUCUUGGCCGGUGUCCUACGUGAUGAGGGGGGAUAUGACUUCAAACGGGCGGUCGUGGAAGCGAUCUUCGACAUGAUCAAAUUCAUCGAGGAUUCCAAGGAGGCUGCCCUCGCUCAUUUGUGCGAAUUCAUCGAGGACUGCGAGUUCACGAAGCUCUCGGUUAGAAUCUUGUACCUAUUGGGUAUUGAAGGACCUAAGUCUCCGAAGCCCGCGAGGUAUAUCCGGUACAUCUAUAACCGGGUUAUACUCGAGAAUGCGCUGGUUAGGGCUGCAGCGGUUUCGAGCUUGGCGAAGUUCGGGGUAAAUGUGGUGGAUCAGGCUGUUAAGAAGAGUAUUCGAGUCCUGCUAACUCGCUGUCUCGAUGAUGUGGAUGAUGAGGUUCGCGAUAGAGCAGCAAUGUACUUGAAGGUGAUGAACCAGCCUCCAUUAGCCGAAACAUAUGUUAAGGAUGAAUCUGUUUUCUCUCUCGCUGCCUUGGAGUCGAAACUUGCUGCCUACAUUCUGGACGCGAACGCUAGUGACGUCCCUUUUGACACCUCCUCGAUACCCAAAGUCAGCAAGGAGCAAGCCAGACAAGAGAGCGCCCGUCCCAGUGCUCUUGAAACGGCACAUACUAUACCUGCUCCAAAAGCUCCUACUUCCACCGCUCCCGCUCCAUCUAUCGCAGAGGCCAAAUCGGCAUACGCGAAACAGCUUGCUGCCGUGCCAGAGUUUGAGUCGUACGGUUCUGUGAUCAACAGCAGCUGGAAGCCCACCCAACUUACGGAGAGCGAGACAGAAUACACUGUGUCGUGCGUCAAACAUGUAUAUAAAGAACACAUUGUUUUCCAGUUCAAUGUAUCCAAUACUCUCCCUGAUACCAUUCUCGAGAACGUGUCCGUUCUCAUGCAGGCUACUUCGGAAGCAGGUCUCACGGAAGAUUUCAUUAUCCCUGCCCCUCAAAUUACUUCCGCCAACUCACCUCAAGUCGUGUAUGUCUCCUUCACGCGCGAAAACCCCGCUGAAUAUGUUUUGGGCUCGUUCCUCUCUACGCUCAAAUUCAUCAGCAAGGAGGUUGACCCUUCAAGUGGCGAACCGGAGGAAGAAGGGUAUGAAGACGAGUACCAGGUCGAGGAGGUGGAAAUCGGGGCUGGGUCCGAGUACAUUGUUCCUACCUAUGCUUCAUUUGAGUCCGAAUGGGCCAGGAUGGCUAAUGGGCCGAGCGUGGUUGAGACAUUUUCGCUGUCUGCUAUGGAUAGUAUUAAGGCGGCGUGCGACUCUAUCAUUGAGAUCCUGAACAUGGAGCCCCUUGGAGGUAGUGAGCAUCCAACAUCCCAGUCGGUACAUUCGCUUAUGCUUGCCGGUAUCAUUACCGGCGGAGGUGGCAAGGCCAUCGUUCGCGCCAGGAUGACCUACAUUUCCGACACAGGCGUCACCCUCGAGUUAGGGGUGCGAGCAGAGAAGGAAGCGGCUUGUAACCUAGUGAUUGCAGCCAUUGGGGGCUAAUCGCUGUGUGGUGUGAUGCCGUGUUUGUCGUUCCUCAAAGAUUUCCUGGCAUGAUUGCAUCACAUGUAAUCUAAAAUUCCCUACUCUAUCCCUCCGGUUUCAUAGUUUAUGCCAUGCUUCGUAGUACUUACAGUAUACCUCUUGAAGCUCUUCUAAACAGGUUUGUCUCAUUCCGAGCGUUAGUUCACGCGAGCUUGUCGGGUGUGACCGUAAUA